GGAGCCAUAGUCUCCCUUCUGCGGGUGUCGAGGCGGGCAAGCGGGCGGGCGCUUCUGUCGUUGAGCCGUCUCCUCUUCGCCCUCAGUCCUCGCCGCCGGUGCCUCCCUCGUUACAGUCUCGACUCGCUUUUCUUUCUCUCCUCCUUUCUUUUCUCCUGUCGGGGAGGGGAAGCCAGUCUCGUUCCUCGCUCUCUUGUGCGCAGGCUCGGCUCUCGGCGGAAGAUGGCGGCGGCGGCGGAUAAACAGAAACACGAGCACGGGCGGGUGAAGAUAGGGCACUACAUCUUGGGGGACACGCUGGGCGUGGGCACCUUCGGCAAAGUCAAGGUUGGCAAACAUGAGCUGACUGGGCACAAAGUGGCAGUGAAGAUCUUGAACAGGCAAAAGAUUCGCAGCCUUGAUGUGGUGGGGAAAAUCCGCAGAGAGAUUCAGAAUCUGAAGCUUUUUCGGCAUCCGCACAUAAUCAAGCUGUACCAGGUUAUCAGCACACCAUCUGACAUUUUCAUGGUGAUGGAAUAUGUUUCAGGAGGUGAACUGUUUGAUUACAUCUGUAAAAAUGGAAGGCUUGAUGAAAAGGAGAGUAGACGUCUGUUCCAGCAAAUCCUUUCUGGUGUGGAUUAUUGUCACAGGCAUAUGGUAGUCCAUAGAGACUUGAAACCUGAAAAUGUACUGCUUGACGCACACAUGAAUGCCAAGAUUGCUGAUUUUGGCCUCUCAAAUAUGAUGUCAGAUGGAGAAUUUUUAAGAACAAGCUGUGGUUCUCCUAACUAUGCUGCUCCAGAAGUAAUUUCAGGAAGGUAGUUUCUCUUCUUGGAUAAAUGUAUAUAUGUAUUCUCAAAAACAAAGUCCUACUCUUCAGUGUUAAAGCUGCAAGGUUAUAUGCAGGUCCUGAAGUAGAUAUAUGGAGCAGCGGAGUUAUUCUUUAUGCUUUGUUAUGUGGGACUCUUCCAUUU